UCACUUCGUCUUUAUAAAUAUCUCCAUAUCCAUUUUCUACCUUUCAACAUCAACCAUCAAUCAAUAAUUAAAUAUCUCACAUUAGCACUACACUCUAAUCAAUCAAUUUUCUGUUCAAAUCAAUUCUUCAACCAACCAAAAAAAAGCAAUCAACAAUGUCGCUGAUUCCAAGCUUCUUCGGAAACCGAAGGAACAACACCUUCGAUCCCUUCGCAAUGGACCUGUGGGACCCAUUCGAAGGCUUUCCCCUCGGCGGUAACUUUAACCAGUCUCUCUCCUCCGGCAGCACCUCCGCCCGCGACACCGCCGCAUUCGUCAACGCUCGAAUUGACUGGAAGGAGACACCUGAGGCGCACGUGCUCAAGGCGGAUCUUCCUGGAGUGAAGAAGGAGGAGGUGAAGGUUGAGGUGGAAGAUGGGAAGGUGAUCCAGAUCAGCGGAGAGAGAAACAGGGAGCAGGAGGAGAAGAAUGACACGUGGCAUCGUGUUGAGCGGAGUUCUGGAAAGUUCUUGAGGAGGUUUAGGUUGCCUGAGAAUGCGAAGAUUGAGGAGAUUAAGGCGAAUAUGGAGAAUGGUGUUCUUACUGUUACUGUUCCUAAAGUUGAGGAGAAGAAGCCUCAGUUGAAAUCGAUUGACAUUUCUGGCUGAAAUUAUCCUGUGCUUUCUAUCAAAUCUGGAGUUAAAGCGGAUUGUAUUAAUGAUGCUUACUAUGUAAUCUUUAGUGAUCUAUGUUAAUAGUAUGAAAUUAUUAAUAAUAAGUAUAUCUAUGUAUUAAUGAUGCUUACUAUGUAAUCUUUAUUUUGAUCUUAAUAAAUUUUGUUUAUAUUAAA